UUCCAUCAAAAUAAACUCUUUCAAUUCUCUUUCACAUCCCACAACUCUCUCUCCAACUCAAGCAGAGCAAAGCAAAAAAAUAUGUCCAUUCAAGCUCUUUCUCUCUCCUCUCUCAUGACUUUCUUCCUCACCACCUCAAUUCUCACACAACCAUCAACCUCGGCCAUAGAAUCCUUCAUAUACGGUGGUUGUUCUCAGCUCAAAUACACCGAAGGCACACCCUACGAGUCCAACGUCAACUCACUACUCACUUCCCUGGUUAACUCAGCCUCCUUCGCCACCUCCAACAAAUUCAAGAUCUCCGUCCCAGGCUCCGCCCCAACCGAUGUCGUUUACGGCCUCUUCCAAUGCCGCGGCGACCUCCGAAACUCCGACUGCCGCGACUGCGUCGCCCGCUCAGUGAGUCAACUCGGCAACCUCUGUUUUGACUCAACGGGUGGCGCGUUGCAGCUAGAAGGGUGUUUCGUGAAGUACGAUAAUAUUUCCUUUUUGGGUGUCGAGGACAAGGCUGUGGUGUUGAAGAAAUGUGGGCCGUCGAUUGGGUAUGAUUCUGAGGCGUUGACUCGUCGUGAUGCUGUGAUGGAUUAUCUAGCGGCUGCGGGGCAGUUUUUUAGGGUAGGUGGGUCCGGGAAUGUACAGGGUGUGGCGCAGUGUGUACAAGAUUUGGAUCUGAGCGAGUGUCAGGAUUGUCUAUCGGAGGCGAUCGGACGGUUGAAAAGCGAGUGCGGGUCCACGGCUUCGGGUAAUAUGUUUUUGGGGAAGUGCUACGCGCGGUACUCGGAGCGUGGGGUCUCGUCCAAGAGCGGUAAGGGGUUGCUCCACCACCAUCACCACGGCGGAUGUUGGUGGCUUGUGGUUAGUGGUCUUGUGUCAAUUUGGCCAUUAUUAAUGAAAAUUUAAUUUAAGUGAAAAAAAUUAAAAUUACUUUUAUCCACUUCAAUCACAUUGAAUUUACCUUUUUCUCCGUGUGAUUUGUGAAUUAAUGCAACAAUCUGCAUGGUAAUUUUGGUAAAUUUGAUGUAAUUGAGAAGGUGUUUUUUUUUGUAAAAUUUUCUUGUGUGAUUUAGAGUGUGGAUGUUGUAGAAGACACAUGUUUAAGAAGUUUGUUUUUGGAUGUAAAAAUAUGACCAAAUUACUUUUA